UGCCCUCCUUCCACAUACCCUGCCUGCUGUCCUUGACCAGAGUCAUCAUGCCUCGCGGUCAGAAGAGUAAGCUCCGUGCCCGUGAGAAACGUCACCAGGCCCGAGGUGACACCCACAGUGUCCAGGGUGCUCAGGCCCCUGCAGCAGAGGAGGAAGGGUCCCCAUCCUCCUACUCUCCUCCUUUUGGGGGAUCUCCCCCGAGCUCCCCUGCUGCUCACAUUCCCCAGGGGUGUCAGAGAGUCCCACCCACCACCACCGCUAUUGUAGCUGCUUUGGGCACAAGAGCUAUUGGAGGGGCUGAGGGCCAAGGUGAGGGAGGUCCAAGUUCCUCUGAGGCCACAGCCCCCACUGAGAGGUCUCAAAGAGACCCUCUAAUCAGGAGGGUGAGCAUGUUCUUACAGUUCCUGCUGCACAAGUAUAAAAUGAAAGAGCCCGUUACGAAGGCAGAAAUGAUGAAGAUCAUCAACAAAAGGUACAAGGAGCACUUCCCUGACAUCCUGAGGAGAGCCUCUGAGCACAUGGAGGUGGUCUUUGGUCUUGACCUCAAAGAAGUCGACUCCAAAAGUCAAUCCUAUGUCCUUGUCAGCAAAUUGGAGAUCACCAAGGAAGAGAAUUUUAUUGGUGCCAGGGGCUUUCCCAAGAUCGGGCUUCUGCUGCCUCUCCUGGGCAUCAUCUACAUGAAUGGCAACCGGGCCACUGAGGAGAAGAUCUGGGAAACCCUGAAUGUGCUCGGGAUCUAUGAUGGGAAGAGGCACUUCAUCUUUGGGGAGCCCAGGAAGCUUAUCACCAAAGAUUUGGUGCAGGAAAAGUACCUGGAGUACCGGCAGGUGCCCAACAGUGAUCCUCCAUGCUACGAAUUCCUGUGGGGUCCCAGAGCCCACAUUGAAGCCAACAAGACAAAAGUCCUGGAGUUUUUGGCCAAGAUCAGUGCUACCGAUUCCCGUGCCUUCCAAGCCCUGUAUGAAGAAACCUGGGUAGAUGAGGCAAAGAGAGCAGCAGCUGGAGAAUGGGCCGGGGCUGGUCUUAAUGCCAGGGCCAGAGCCCGUUUCAGGGCAAAAUCCAGCAGGUCCUCCCGCCCCUAG